GGCGCGGCGCGCCGGGGACAGCGGCGGACGGCGGCGGCGGCAUGCGGCUUCUCGCGCUGCCCACGGUGGGCUGAGACGGCCGCAGCGCGGGCGGGAGGCGCGGCGGCCGGCGAGCCGAGGGCGCAGCCAGCCGGGCAGACCGUGGACAGCGGUCGGCGCGCCGCGCCAUGGGCCGAGCCGGGGGCGGGGGCCCGGGCCGGGGGCCGCCGCCGCUGCUGCUGCUGCUUCUGGGGGCCACGCUGGUCCUUGCCGCCGGGGCCGCGCCGGCGCGUGAGGCGGGCAGCGCCGUCGAGGCCGAAGAGCAGGUGAAGAGCGUCCUGGAGUGGGAGCCGCGUGCCAACAGCACGCGGGAGAAGGCCGGCCCACCAGCUGCUGGGGAGGAUGAGACCUCAUGGACUGCACCUGGCGGCCAACCGGCUGUGGUGGGGCCUGGGGCCGGGCCAGAGGAGGCACUGGAGGCGUCCGCUGCAGUGACCGGCACCGCCUGGCUGGAGGCUGACAGCCCGGGCCUGGGUGGAGUGACCGCAGAGGCGGGCAGCGGCGACACCCAGGCCCUGCCAGCCACGCCCCCGGCUCCUGAGGAGGCCCUGGGACAGUCAUCGAUGCCCCCUGUUACCCCCGAGGCUACAGAGGCCAGCGGACCACCCUCCCCCACUCCUGACGAUAAGCUGAACCCAGGCCCCGAACUCCCCAAGGAGAGCCCCUUAGAAGUUUGGCUGAACCUGGGAGGCAGCACACAUGACCCACAUGGGCCAGAGCCCACAUUCCCCAUUCAGGGCACACUGGAGCCCCAGCCGGCGUCAGAUAUAAUUGACAUCGAUUACUUCGAAGGAUUGGAUGGUGAGGGCCGUGGCGCCGACCUGGAGAGCUUCCCGGGGUCGCCAGGAACCUCAGAGCACCACCCCGAUAGUGGGGGAGAGACCCCCUCCUGGAGCCUGCUUGACUUAUAUGAUGACUUCACCCCCUUUGAUGAAUCUGACUUCUACCCCACUACAUCCUUCUAUGAUGACUUGGAGGAAGAGGAGGAGGAAGAGGAGGAUGACAAGGAUGCAGCAGGAGGUGGAGACCUGGAAGAUGAAAGUGACCUUCUGGUGCCCACUGAGAAGCCUGGUCUGGGGCCCGGGACUGGCCAGCCCACCAGUCGGUGGCAUGCCGUCCCCCCACAGCAUACUCUGGGGAUGGUCCCUGGCAGCAGCAUCGCCCUCAGGCCCCGCCCAGGAGAGCCAGGCAGGGACCUGGCCCCAAGCGAGAAUGGCACCGAGUGCCGCAGUGGCUUUGUGCGGCAUAAUGGCUCCUGCCGGUCAGUGUGCGACCUCUUCCCAAGUUACUGUCACAAUGGCGGCCAGUGCUACCUGGUGGAGAACAUAGGGGCCUUCUGCAGGUGCAACACGCAGGACUACAUCUGGCACAAGGGGAUGCGCUGCGAGUCCAUCAUCACCGACUUCCAGGUGAUGUGCGUGGCCGUCGGCUCAGCCGCGCUCGUCCUGCUCCUGCUCUUCAUGAUGACCGUGUUCUUCGCCAAGAAGCUCUAUCUGCUCAAGACGGAGAACACCAAGCUGCGAAGGACCAACAAAUUCCGGACCCCGUCUGAGCUCCACAACGAUAACUUCUCCCUCUCCACCAUUGCCGAAGGCUCUCACCCAAACGUGGGGAUGGUGUAGCCCCAGGAGGGGAAAGAGAGAAUAACAGUAAACGUGACCUUGUUCACCAAACCCCAGGGAAGAACUUGGCCUGGUGGAGGAGGAGGAAGGGGUCGACUUUAAAGAAGAAAUCGAAGAGGUUAGUUUAGGAUAAUUUGUUAAAGUCUUUGACACAAAGGGUAGGGAAGCAGAUACGAUUUUACUGGGUAUGCACCAAGAUACUAAUACGUUCAAGACCACCUAAUAACCCAGGAUGCCAGAUGUCUUAUAAAUGUUCAGAUUGAUAAGCACUUUAACCAGCCCUCGAGAUAGGCACCUUGAGGGCCUGAAGAGCCUCCCUCAUCUCCAUACACUCCAUCCCUACCUCGUUCGGCCCCACGUGGUGGUACACAUGUGGUCGCCAUUUGUGGAAUGCUGGCAAAAGAUGGCCUAGCGGGGCCUUCUGGUUCCGCUGUAUGCGUGGGGCAGCCCACCAGACCUGUAUGGUGGUUCCUGGUUCCACUGUACAUGUGAGGUCGCCUUCCAGACCUGUGUGGUGGUUCCUGGUUCCACUGUAUGUGUGGGGCAGCCUGCCAGACCUGUACUAUGGUUUCUGGAGGCAGGGUAUUCCUUGUCCAGAGAGCAAGGGUCCUUAGGAAAAUUUCUGAUGUGUACAUUCUUCUGGCAUCCCAGGUAUAGACAGACAACUUUCCUCUUCCCAGAAAGGGAGGGGAAGGAAAUAGCUCCUCUUGAAGGUUUCGGUGGUAUGAGCCAAUACCGAGGUUUCCUUGGCUGACCUGACUUUGUAGAAGGUAUGGCGUUUGUCCAGUAAGGGUCCCACUGACCUUGAGUUCAGAAUACCACGAGGCUUAAAACUGGAGCAGAGCACAGGCUGGUCCACCAUGGGGGACUCUGCCUGAGAAGGACCUGAGAAGGACCUGAGAAGGGGUGGUCGGGGUAGUGCUCAGGACAUCGCUCCGUGGAGGGGCAAGAUGAGGCUCUGGUGGUCUCCUGCCCCGCCUGGAUCUAUAGGUUGUGUCAACCUGGCAUCUUGCCCUCCACUUGUGCCCCAGGGGACAUCCUGUCCUCUCUGCCAAAGCUCUGAGUGUGAGAGGGGAUGACUCUCCUGUCCAGCAGGGUGAGUACCCCCGGAUCUCCUCCCUUCAGCUCUUAAUUCUCUCCAUCCAGCCUACAAGUCAGACUUGAUCAUAUUCAAGACCUCUGACGGUUCAGACAGUUGCCACUUUAGUUCGAAGUGAAGCCCUGUCGGGCUCUUCCUUCCCCACCUGCAGUCUCCCAGUGCUGCUCCUCACCUGGGCUCUGCGGCAGGCGAGCCGGUGGCUGCUUGAGCCUGUGAGCCUGUGUGCAGCCCAACAGCCAGCCCCUGAAAGGAGUAUCAGGAGGUAAGGGAGAGCCUGUUGUCCUCUGCCUGGGCUAUGGAGGCCUGCGAGUUCUCCAGGAGCAAUGGCCAGUGUGUGGGAAGCGCAGCGUGGCUAAUGUCACCUGAAAUCCACAGGCCAAUGCCGCACGCUGUCAAUAGAAUGUCACGGAUAUGACACGGUCUUCCCAAGAUUCCACAGACCUUCCAGGAUUUCAGUUUAUUCCUUACUGGCGCAUCUCUGUGGUGUCCCUUAGUGCUUUUCUGCACUCCCUCCCCAUUUCAAUCUUUCUUCCUUCCGAGGCUCUAUUUCUUUCGUGCCCCCUGCUGAGGGAGGUUUGUGUCUGGACAAGUGGGACUCCAGGCCUGAACCCGCACCACUUCUGGCCUGAGGGAUACCCGUUUGGCUGGGGUGGAAUGCCAGGAAAGGGAACACGGAGCAGUUCCCAGGACUUAGGCCAACUAGAGGGCCAGCUCCCUUGCCCUGAGGGAUUUCUGGCACUUCAAAGGCAGAUGGGCCUUCUGCUGAGGAAUCAGCAACCCUAGGCUUGCUAGGAUCCAGUUCUGGCGGAGAGACGCUCGGGCUAGCAUAGCUCUGUCUUGGUUCAGACACUCCCUCACCUGCCCUGUUUGUUGGAAGUACUUAGCUUGUCUAAUAGCAUUGUUUGGAUACCUGUGUUCCUUAUUUUUAGAAUAUACUCAUCCCACCUGUUGGCCCAGAAGUCCAUUUUCUCAUCUGUCUAGAUCCCAGGAGCCACGCUUAAUUUGGGCCCCCCACCUUCAUGGCCUCACAGCUUUGAUGCCCAUGUCUGUAGGCACCCCUAAAUAUACUUUUCUUUUUUUUAAAAUUUUAUUUAUUUAU